AUGAGACAGGCAACCAACAUCUGGUCGCAUCUUCUCGGAGCAGCGCUGUUCCUCCUCGGCCUUGUCAACUUUCUGCACCUGCGGUCCCUAGCCAGCGAGGACGGCUCGUGGGCCUCCGACGUCGCCGCCGUCGGCGUCUACUACCUCUGCGUCGUCGUCUGCUUCGUGCUGUCGACGGCCUUCCACACCUUUGCCGACCACAGCGCCGCCGCGCACCGUUUCGGCAACGAGCUCGACCACCUCGGCAUCGUGCUCGUCAUGUGGGGGACCGGCGUCUCCGGCGCGCACUUUACGCUGUACUGCGAGCCGCCGGGCAUCCGUGCGCUCUACCACGCGGCGCUCACGUCCGCCGCCGUCGGCUGCGGCGUCUUCACCCUGCGGCCGGCCUUCCGCCACCCCACGUACCGCACGAUGCGCUUCCUCAUGUACUGCGGCCUCGGGGCCAGCCUGUUCGCGCCCGCGCUGCACGGCUGGGCGCGGUCCGGCAGCCUCGCGGCGGUCGGCGAGAUGAUGGGCCUGGGGUCGUUCCUGGGCCUCGCUGGGAUCAACUUUGCGGGCGCGGCGCUGUACGCGGCGAGGGUCCCGGAGCGGUGGUUUCCGGGCACGUUCGACCUGCUCGGGCAGAGCCACAACUUGAUGCACGUCCUGGUGUUUACGGGCGCGCUGGUCAGGCUGAAUGGGCUGCUGGCGGUGAUGGAGCAAUGGCGGCAGGAUACGCUGGCAAACGGGUUUUGUCAAAGCGUGAGUUAG